UGUAAGUAAGAAAAUUGAAUUUGAGAGUGUUUUAGUUAAGAGAGAUGGUUAAAUGUGAAGGAUAAUAGUAGAGUGAGUUGGUAAGAGAGUGGGAAUGAAAGGGUUUCCCAAAAAGCAAACCCCAUAAUUGUGUGUAGUGAAGAGCCCAAAAAGGGUGGGAAAAAUGAAGAGAGAGUGAUUGGUCAGUGGGAGAGAAAGACAGACACAGAAAGCGGGUCUCUUUCUUUUUGGAGUAUUGGGUCAGGUUCUUUUGGCAAUGCCAAAGUUGGUCACGCUCACUGAAAAUGCAGAAGGCAUGAAACCACUCCUUCAAAUAUCUCCCCCCACUCACUACUCCUGUGCUUCUUCCUCCUCCUCUGUCUCUGCUCCUUCUCUCUCUGUCUCCCUCUUUCCUCCUCCUCAUGCCUGCCCUCAUCGAUCUUAACAGCGCCACCGAGGACCAUGAAACGCCAUCGUCUCGCCCUUCCUCCGUCUGCCUCGAACUCUGGCAUGCCUGCGCGGGUCCUAUGAUCUCCUUGCCCAAGAAAGGAACACUUGUCGUGUACUUCCCUCAAGGACACUUAGAACAACACCUUCACGAUUUUCCGCUUCCUGCUUCUGCUAACAUCCCUUCCCAUCUCUUCUGUCGCGUUCUCGAUGUCAAGCUCCAUGCUGAGGAAGGGAGCGAUGAAGUGUAUUGCCAGGUGGUGUUGGUUCCUAAAAGUGAGCAAGUGCAUCAGAAGUUGCGGGAAGCGGAAAUUGAUGCUGAUGGUGAGGAGGAGGAUGCUGAAGCUGUGAUGAAGUCCACCACACCCCACAUGUUCUGCAAGACUUUGACAGCUUCUGAUACUAGCACCCACGGUGGAUUUUCUGUGCCUCGUCGUGCUGCGGAAGAUUGCUUUCCACCUCUGGAAUACAGUCAACAGAGACCUUCGCAGGAGCUUGUGGCGAAGGAUCUGCAUGGUCAAGAAUGGAGGUUUCGACAUAUUUAUAGGGGGCAACCACGACGACACUUGCUUACCACUGGGUGGAGUGCAUUUGUGAACAAGAAGAAACUUGUAUCUGGAGAUGCUGUUCUGUUUCUUAGGGGCGAGGAUGGAGAACUAAGAUUGGGAAUUCGUAGGGCUGCUCAAUUAAAAAGUGGCAGUGCAAUUUCAACUUUUGCUGCCGAGCAAUUGAAUCUUAGCAGUCUUCUGGAUGUGGUUAAUGCUUUAUCAGCAAGACGUGCCUUUAGUGUUCACUAUAAUCCAAGGGUCAGCUCAUCUGAGUUCAUUAUACCAAUUAAGAAAUUCUUGAGGAGCCUUGAUUAUUCUUAUUCAGUUGGAACAAGAUUCAGGAUGCGUUUUGAAACUGAAGAGGCAGCAGAGCGAAGAUUUACAGGAUUGAUUGUUGGAAUUACUGAUGUGGAUCCUGUUAGAUGGCCUGGAUCAAAAUGGAGAUGCCUAAUGGUAAGGUGGGAUGACCUAGAAGCCUCAAGGCAUAAUAGGGUUUCACCUUGGGAGAUUGAGCCAUCUGGUUCUGCAUCUACUUCAAAUAAAUUGAUAUCAGCUGGUUUGAAGAGGACCAAGAUUGGAUUGCCUUCAACCAUGCUAGAUUUUCAAGUUUCCAAUGCAAUUGGAUCAUCAGACUUUGGCGAAUCACUAAGGUUCCAGAAGGUCUUGCAAGGUCAAGAAAUGUUGGGUGUUAAUACUACUUUUGAUAGUAUUAGUGGUCAGAAUCACCAGCUAUCUGAUUUGAGGAGAUGCUAUCCUGGCUCAAACUGUCCUAGGAUUGCUGCAACUGGAAAUAGCAUUGGAAUUCCACAAGUGAGUUCCAAUGUUUCCUGCAAUGGCAUAGGCUUUAGGGAAUCUUUCAUAUUCCAGAAGGUCUUGCAAGGUCAAGAAAUACUUCCAAGCCAACCAUAUGGAAGGGCCCUGUCUGUUGAUGAGGCUUGUGGAAAUGGUAGCUUUGGACCUUUUGAUGGUUACCGCACACUGGGACCCAGCAAUGGAUGGUCUUCCCACUUGAGUAACAAUUCUUCACAUUUGCAUCCACCUGUUCCAUCUGGGCAAGUUUCAUCUCCAUCAUCUGUGUUAGUGUUCCAGCAAGCAGUCAAUCCAGUUUCAAACUCUGAUUAUAACAGCAAAAUCAGUCUGAUGAUGGAAGGUAAAGUCCAUCAACAACUUUCAUACACUUCUGAAGCUAAAGGCGGAAAAUUUCUAUCAGUCCCUUAUGAGCCUCUUCGUGGACUAGUUCAGGAAGGCACAAGUUCUUGUGGUGUCUCAAACUUGCAUAAUCAGUUAGAAAGUUCACGUUCACACGAUUCUAUUUCAGCACUUCGGGCUAGUCAAGAGUUGGUUCCCACUUGUAAAAGUCGAUGCAGAGUCUUUGGCUUUUCAUUAACUGAGGGCGCUCCUGUUGCAAGUACAGAAGUAGCUGGCGCCAACCAAUCUGCAGUCACAUGUUCUGGACCUUCCUUUGCAAGACACGGUGAAGAUAGUUUCCACCCAAUGCAUCUGCAUAGGAGCAAGGCAGUGGGAAGUUAUUGCACCAAAGGUGUGCUGCAAUAUUGACUUGAAAAUCAUGAUGUGUGCUAGUAGUGAUGCUGUCUUAAAGUAGCAGAGAAGAAUGUCCACUGUUGUACUAAUGUUAGAAUAUUAUAACUAUUGGCCUAAAUAGAUAAAAAAAUUGGCUGUGACACAAUCAAGUUCCUGUAUUAAUCUAUUAUGUACACUAUUUCAUGUGUAUUUAUAGUUAUGGCCAUGAGAGCGAGGUGGCACUGCAUAACCCUUCAUCUGUCUUGAAUUGGGCAUGAUUACUUGAGAGACAGUAGCUCAUCAUGUUUCAUGACUUUAAUGUUGUCUCUAUAUUUACGAGCUUUACCCUUUCUUGCUUGUUA